GGAUGCCUAGGAAUAAAGCCUUCACAUUUCUUCAUGUCAGUUCUUCUGGGAGGAAGCCAUGUAUCUGUUUAUUUGCUUCUACCUCCUAAUGAGUUUUUUUGAAGAAGUUCAUGGCUUUUGUCCUUCACAAUGCACUUGCGUUUACCAUGGCAGAAGUGAUGGCACUGGAACAAGAUCUGUACUCUGUAAUGACCCUGACAUGUACGAGAUCCCUGUGAAUGUUCCUGUGGAUACUGUAAAACUGCGUAUAGAGAAAACUGUCAUACGAAGGAUUCCCACUGAAGCCUUUUACUACCUGGUAGAUCUCAAAUACCUGUGGGUCACUUACAACUGUGUAGCCAACAUUGAUAUCAGCAGCUUCUACAACUUGAAACAGCUGCACGAGCUGAGGCUGGAUGGUAAUCUGCUUUCAACUUUCCCUUGGGAAUCCCUGGCCGAGAUGCCCAACUUACGGACUCUUGAUCUCCACAACAACAAGCUGACCAGCAUUCCCGCUGAUGCUGGCCGCUUCCUGAGAAACCUCACCUACCUGGACCUAUCCAGCAACAAGCUGACCACCUUGCCAUCAGACCUCAUGGACAUUUGGCCCCCCUUCUCAGGAGCUAUCGUGUCCAAGAGCACAGACAUUCUGGUGACACAGAGAGUAAUCUUGGGUUUUCAGGACAACCCAUGGUUCUGUGACUGUCGCAUUUCAAAGCUAAUUGAAUUUUCCAAAAUUGUGGACACCUCCGUUGUACUUCUUGAUCCAUUGGUUUCAUGUAGUGGACCUGAGAGCCUGGCAGGAAUCUUGUUCCAGAGAGCUGAGUUAGAGCAGUGUCUUAAACCAUCUGUGAUGACCUCAGCAACAAAAAUCACCUCCCCGCUGGGCAGCAACGUCCUGCUACGCUGUGACGCCACGGGCUACCCAACACCACAGCUCACUUGGAAUAGGUCAGACAAUAUUCCAGUGAACUACACAGUAAUUCAAGAAAGUCCUGGAGAGGGUGUUAGGUGGUCCAUAAUGAGCUUGACAGGAAUUUCUUACAAGGACGCAGGAGAAUACAGAUGUAAAGCCAAGAACUUGGCAGGAAUGUCAGAAGCUGCCGUGACUGUCACAGUGGUUGGUGUAGUUACUACAACUGUGUCACCACAGAAGUUUGGGAGGAAGCCAGAGGCUGAGAGGCAGAAUACAACUCAGGAGGAAUCCAAGCAGGAGCCCGAGAGGACAACCACACCUCUUCCCAUCACACCAACCACCACAGCUCUGGUGAGUACUGAAAGAUCAACCAGCAUGACAUUUACUGACAAAAAGCAAUCCAGGCUCAUGUUGGAUGGAAGGAAAGUUUCAAAGGCAGUGACAAAUGGAAACAGAAAGCAGAUUGGAGAUUCAAGCAAGAAAGGUGAGGAUACUUCAUUGAACACAGCAGGUGUGGCUGAGCAAAAUGUUACUGUGAAGAACCUAAGAGUGAUCAGUGAAUCUGAUGAAAGAGUGACCUUAACUUGGAAAACUGUCAAUGCCACAGGUAAUUCCGCUGUGACUGUGUUAUACUCCAAGUAUGGUGAGAAGGAUAUGUUGCCUCUCAGCACUGAUUCUAACAAAAACAAAGUCACAAUCGAUGGUUUGCAACCUAGUACUCAAUAUAUGGCAUGUGUCUCACCCAAAGGCGUGCCACCUACAAAAGAGCAGUGUGUUGUUUUCUCCACUGAUGGGUUAAAUGAUGAAAGCAGCUCUGAGUUUUCUAUCCUGAUAGUGGCCAGCAGUGCAGCAUGUGUGGUUGUUUUACCUUUGAUAUUUUUCUUACUCUACAAAGUUUUAAGACUUCAUUUGAAACCAAAGUCUGCAAAGGAAGCUGAACUUGCAAAAGAGACUUAUGUGCAAUUUGAAACACUGUCUCUGAAGCCUCGAACGCUGAGUGCAGGAGACCAGCUCUGGGCACGAAGGUACACGGAUGAGUCAGAAAGACUUCUCCUUUGCUCUAGGUCAAGCAUGGAUUCUCAAAUGACCUUCAAAAGUGAGGGCUCCAGGUCUGAGUAUCUGUGCUGAACAUGGGUGAGGGUGGAGAUGAAAUAAAUAAUAGGUAUAAUUAAUUCAAAAUGGUGAUGCUGCAUCUGGAAGCAGGUUGAUGCUAGAUGGUGGUCAGAACACAUUAUCUGGUGUAAUAGAGUCUUACUGGAUGUUGGUGGCUAGGAGGGGGAAUAGAAGAAAAAUGUUGCCUGUUUAUUUUCUUAUUUUUUAUGUUUGUGAUUUUGGAUAUGAAGGAGUGAUGGUCUUCCAAAGAAAAAUACAGCAUGGAAUGGCUCUAUGGUUAAAGGUAUUUUUUGGUUUUAUUAAAACAUUGUUUUCUCUUCUCUUCUCUUCUCUCAUUUUACCACAUGAUGUGCUAGUGGCAUGUAUCAAACAUGAAUCACAAUCUUCUUGAAAGCUAUGUACUUCAACAUAAUAGGAAAACAGUUUUGACUACUUCUAUUGUGAUCAAAACUUUAUUUGGAUAUACAA